AUGCUAUUUCCAGCUGCUCCAGAGUUCUUCUUACAAAGAGUGAUUAGUGCUGCCCUGGAGACCCCACAUCUUCUAUACGCGCUUUUGGCCUCCGCGUGCAGCCAUCAUAGUCGCCUCAUGCAAGACUCAGGUCCAAGGCCGAAGGUGACCUGCCUGAAAUAUACAAAUUUGGCUAUAUCUAGCCUGCGAACAUCACUCUGUGAUACCGACCAGGCACUGACGGCACAAACAGUCACUACGGCCAUGGCUCUGUGCACAAAUGAUGUCUGUAAUGGAAACAUGCAUGCAUGGCGAACUCAUCUCCGAGGAGUACUCCAGCUUCUGGUCACCUUUCUGGAGAAGGAGAAGCGGUCCUCGGCCAUGAAGGACCCUUUAGUCAAAUGUCUUGUGAAAUGGUUUCGAUCGAUGGAUAUCCUGGCCGCUUUGUCCGGACUUGAUGGGGUGUGUCUCCAUGGUCCCGAGAGUGGGGGGUUGGAUGGAGCUUCGGAUCUACCGAAUGGUAAUAUCGAUGAGAUUUGUGGCUAUUCCUUGGAGCUGGUUCCGAUCAUGGCCCAAAUUUCGCAGCUUGUUCGUCGCCGAAAUCUUGACCAGGCCAAUGAUGCCGUCCUGGACGACUUGACUUCACUCGAAAUGAAGCUUCUCUCGUUGGCGGACAGAUUUGUCCCAGAUACCAUAUCGCGUCACGGUGGUGUUACUUCAGCUGAGCUGCGAAGCACCCACCAUGCUUUUGUCCAUUCAGCUUUGCUUCACCUCCACCGCCGUGUUCUAAUGCUUCCAAAACAUGACAUCAAGGUCAGAACGGACGUCGAAAAUAUUCUCGACGCCAUCGGGAAGAUUGCACCCUUUUCGUCAUUGAAUGUUCUUGUCCUCUGGCCUAUAUUUAGUGCCGGCUGUGAAACGGAUGAUCGCAGCGAGCGCGAUGUGAUACAGGAGCGGAUGAAGAACAUGCAGAGUUUCGGGAUGGGCAACUUCACGCGAGCUUGGGAACAGAUACACAAGUUCUGGACAUCAAAUAGUCCAUUGCCGUGGGAUGCCUAUUUUGCACAGCUGGGAUGUGAGCUGGUUCUCUUUUAG